UAUAAAUCUAGGUUCUCAUGAUCCUUCUUUCCCCUAGCGUUCUGUCUAACGAAAUUAUUUCAUGGCUAGAACGGUGCCAACCACCAAGCGUGCUAUUCUGCUCGCCAUUUUCGUUGCCUUUGGAGGAUUUCUAUUCGGAUACGAUAUCGGAGUCAUCUCAGGAUGUCUAAUCAUGCCUGAUUUUAUACGUCGUUUUGGUAAUCCCGAUACCACAAAGCCUGGAGAAUAUAUCUUAGACAGCAAUCGGCAGUCUAUUAUCACAUCCCUUCUGUCAGCAGGAACAUUCGUCGGUGCCUUGGCGCAAGCUUUCACAUCUGAUAGAUUCGGCCGCCGUGGUUCUAUCCUUAUCUGGGCUGCCAUUUUCACGGCCGGGACCGCCAUACAAACUGGGACGACAACGUCUAUCGCCCAAAUUUCGAUUGGCCGCUUUAUUGCAGGUCUUGGUGUCGGGGCUAUGUCAGCUAUUGUCCCAUUGUAUAAUGGAGAGACGGCUCCCAAGGCAUUGCGAGGGAUGCUCUUGGUGUUAUAUCAACUCCAAAUCAUUAUGGGUAUAUUCAUCAGCUACAUCAUCGAUCUCGGGACACAUACGAUUUCUGGUUCCGCAUCUUGGCGAAUCCCCGUCGGACUGCAGAUGCUUUGGGGUCUGAUUAUCUUGUCUGGAAUCUUCUUCCUACCAGAGUCACCUCGGCAUCUUUUGGGUACAGAUCGAAUGGAGGAAGCUCGGAAAGUUAUUGCUGAGCUAAAUGGCGUUCCCUUAGACGAUCCUCUUACCGAAGAGACUGUCGAAGAACUAAUGUUCAGCAUUAGAGCCGAGAAUGAGAACGGAAAGGCAACAUGGCUCGAAUGUUUCUCAACGAGGAACGCGUUAUGGAAACGUACAAUUAAUGGCAUGAUGCUGCAAUUUAUUCAGCAGCUCAAUGGACAGAACUUUUACUAUUACUACGGAGAUACAUUUUUCCAGAGUGCCGGAACUGAGCUCUCACCUUAUGUUAUUCAAACUAUCCUGGGAGCGGUCUCCGUUGCAGGUACCGUUCCCGCUUUGUAUCUAAUUGAAGCGUGGGGUCGCCGUCGUUCUCUUCUUGUUGGUUCCGUGUUGGAAGCAAUCUGUUCCCUCAUAGCGGGACUCGUUGGCCACUUCACUCUCGCACCAUCAGGGACCCCCGCAAACCAGUUAACUCAGCGUAAUAAACAAGGAGGCGAUGCACUAAUCGCAUUCGCAGUUCUACAUGUCUUCUCCUACGCCAUCUUCUGGGGACCAGUUCCGUGGGUAUACCUCGGUGAAUCUUUCCCCCUUCGAGUUCGGCCCAAAGCCAUAGCACUCGGAAGUGCCACGAAUUGGCUAUGGAACUUCUUGCUCUCAUUCUUCUCGCCACGAAUUGCGAAUGACAUUGGCCCUCUCAUCCUGCUGAUAUUUUUCGGGAUGUUGGUCUUCGGAUAUGCAUACGUAUAUUUAUUCAUUCCAGAGACCGAGGGCCUCAGUCUGGAAGAGGUUGAUGAGAUGUACCGCUCUGGUGUUAAGCCGUGGAACAGUCCAUCCUGGAAACCCCAUCUACUUGACCACAUGCAUGCUGCCCAGGCCGAAGUUAAGGUUGAUGAGAAGGACUCAGCUUAAGAAAUGGCUAUCGCAGUAUAAUACAUUUCAAUGAAUAUAAACAUCGUGACAUUCAUUGUGAGCCAGGGCCUUGUGUCUUCUCUUCUGCCCCUGCCCUGGCCCUUCUCUUUGAAGCGAAUGUUGGAGUACGCUGUUCAGCUCAGAUAAGCGGGACUCCGGGAUUAGCAGGGAACCCUCGCAAACGCGCGAGGGGCUCGAUUACAAGGUAUCCU